AUGGCUACCCUUGCUCGGUGUUGGCUGCUCAUAGAAUCCAUUGUCAUCCCUGAUGGAUAUUAUCUGAAGUGGUUUUAUUUGAGCUUCUAUAUCCAUCCUGUUUUUCUUGUUGCUUGCCAGAUUUUUCUAUGGCUCAAGUUGCUGAAAAGAUGUAUUUCAGCUGUAUUCAUUUAUCCUUUUAGAAUCAUUUGCUUUUUGUGUUCAUAUCUUUAUAAAUUUUGUAGAUAUUGUAUCAUCUAUACUUUCUCUUUUAUUAGAGUAUCUAACUUGCAAGUAGCUAAAGAGGUUGGUUCCAAUUUAAAAUUGGUAAAAAGAGUUGGUACCAUGGAAGCUGUAGAUAAUAUUAGUCGAAAUCAGCUUGUUAGCUCAAGUUUUUGUUCAAGCAUGGCACCAAUUCCAAGCAAAACUAAAGUGGUUGAACUUCAGAGGGAUGAAUUUCUUCCUGGAAGAGAGAAUUCAUAUAUGGAAGACUUGAGUUUUUGUCUUCACAAGGACUUGAGUGGGGAAGAGUCCUCAUCUUCCUUUUGUGUCUCUUCUCCAUCUAUCGAUGAAGCAUAUUUGAAUGAAUAUUCACCAUUGUUCAGUUCCUUCAGCUCACCAUUCAUGAAAGAAUGUUCAUUACCAGCUUGCAGCUCUGUCUCUCCAGUUUUGGAAGGGGAAGUAAUAAACACAGCAAGAGAUGAGGUUGAAUCAGAAGAAUUUUACAAGAAAUAUUCUGAAAGAAUGGCGUGGUUUGAUGUGCUAAACUAUGACAGGACCUGUGGAAUAGGUGAAAUCUUAAACAAGGAAGUGGGAAUUCCAAGUUCACUGGAGAGCAUCAAGGUGAAGGAUUUCUCAAUCCCCUACAUAUCAUGGAGCAAAUUGGAUAAAAAGAAGCUCUUAAGAAGUUUAGAGAGUGAUUUUGAGCUUGUUUAUGUGGCUCAAUCAUGCUUGACCUGGGAGGCCCUGCAUCAUCAAUACAGAAAGCUCAAGUUUCUCACCUUCUCUAACACGUUGUUUUCUGAUAAAGUGGCAGGGGAUUUCCAAAACUUUCAAGAAUUACUAGAAAGAUUUUUGGAAGAAGAAAGGUACCGUUAUCAUGGAAAGAGAGAUUGGAAUUAUGUUCAAGCAAGGUGUGCUUCCAAGAGUCUACUUCAAGUUCCUAAAUUGUCAGGGUUGUUGGAGGAAGAAACGGAAGGGGUUGAAGCUGAAACAGUGCAUGCAAAAACAGUGUUGAAGUUCGUAGAGAAAUGCAUACAGGCUUUUGGAAAAUUUGUAUCCACUGACAGGAAAAAGCCUUGGUGGAAAUUCAAAAGUUCAUUAUGGACUUAUCCCCCAGUUGAGGAUCCAACGGACUUAGAGCUGCUGGAUGACCUCACAAGAAGACUCCAAAAGAAGGAACUAUGGCUGAAAGAUUUACAAGGGAAACAAAGGUGCUGGUUUAAAAAAACUAUGAACCCAGUGGAAGAGUCCCAGAAAGAGGCAAUAUUGUUUACAAUGAUAGAAACAAAGCUGGUAUCAAGGGUACUGCAAAUGUCAAUUCUAUCCUCUUCUCAACUCAAAUGGUGCCAGGAAAAGCUAAACAACAUUGAAUUCAAAAGAGGGAGGCUUUUCAGGACUGCUAGUGGCCCUCUAUUCCCAUCAUCUUGAUUUUCAGCUGAAUGAAGAAAAAAAUCCAAUUUUAGGGGUUCUCAUUUAAGCUUAAAAUCUGCUCUACAUAUAAAAACAGAAGGCUAAGCUUUUGUGGAUAUGUUAAUAUGAAUAUAUGUACAUAUGCAAACAACAAAACCAAAGAUGGUGUCAUGUAAUAAUGUCAGGUUUUUGUAAAACCAGUGCCUUUCACGGUCAUAUUUGCAGGUGGCUUUGGAUGUAAUCUAGCUGCAAUUUGCUUCAGAAUCUUUGUUCAUUAAACUCCUCUAGCUUGAUACUUUUCAAGUUAAUUUUGGGGAAAAAAAAAGCAGAUGGAGAAAACCAAGAUCCUAAAUCUACUUAAUCUGUUGUAAUAAGAUAAAAUUCUAAUCUGUACUGC